AAAACUGGAGUACCCGAGGAAAAACCUCUCGGAGUAAAGGAGAGAGCCAACAACAAACUCAACCUACAUAUGUUGACGACCCCAGGAUUCGAACCCGGGCCACAUUGGUGGGGAAGCGAGAGCUCUCACCACUGCACCACCCUUUUUCUUAAGGUAUGAACUUUUGUACAAGUUAAGAAGAGGGUUUUAACUUAGUUUUGGCGCUUGGCUGCAAAUUACUGACUUGGAGAGAUCCCGACAUCAUGUAAAUGAAUAAAAUUGUCAUAGUGACACAAUACAGUUAUAAAAUUCGGUCACUUAAUGAAUGUGAAGACGUGACCGUCGCCAAUCAAAGGUAGUCAUUAACUUACGGAUACUGAGACCUUUGAAGUGUUCUUCCUAGUGAUAGCCCUCGGCCCUAACAAGAUGACUGCUAACUUCCGAGUAAAUACCACUUGAGCGGUUUAGUUAAUUAUUAACCACAGAGCAUCACUUAUAUCAUGACUUGGAGAGAAAAUAAGAAAAUGCCUGCGACACUUUGUAACAUGGUUUCAUUCACAGGUGGUAUAGAAAGAUUAUAAGAAUAACAAAAAUAAAGAAAUUUACACUUCCAUGAAAAUAAAAGAUUUUCAUCUUUAUAUUUAAGGUUCAACUAGGUUAAAGUCAAUUAGAAGAUAGAGAAAUUAUUAUCAUGUCCAGGUACCUGCUCCGAAUCUUGAUAUCAGAUACACCUUCCUUUCACAUUUCUCAGCAUGAUAAAAAGAAAUCAACAGAACGAUCAAUUCAGUAUAUGAAUACGCCUUCUUAAGUUGGAUAGCAAAUACUCUGUAAUUUGAAUUCACUGUAUUACUGUCUGUUUUCCAGCGUCAUUCUCGCCUGAAAAUGAAGAUUAAGAAAGCCAGUUGCUCACAGAAAACACAGAUAAAGAAAGAAAAGAGUAAAGAAAAUCAAGAAGUGUUUACCUUUCGCGGAGCGGGUAUAUUUAUACAACAGUCCCGCAGGAGACCGAAGACAAAUAGAAACUUUAUCUUUGAGCUAAAACAAGAGGUAUCCGUGUUAAAAGUUAAACAUUUUUCCCAUCAGAUUAUUUCCUUGCUAUCCCUUUAAACAGGGUAGAAACCUCAAAAUAGGCCAGGGUGCCUGACAGAUACAAGGUAAUGCCUGACAUUUUCAUGAUUUUCUUUUUUAAUUUAACUUAAGGAAUGAUGCUCUACACUGUAACUAUUAGGCAAGGUUGUCUAGCCUGCGAGCUAACUUUCCAUUUGGGAAAUAUCUUAAAAAGUCAAGCACACGCGCGAGCACAGCACUUCUAACUACAAAUCAAAGUGCUCUGGUUACCCAUAGGCUACCUGAUACAAUUAUCUACGAACUGGAGCUUAGCAUGCGGCAUAGUGGAAACUAAACUCUGUCUGCGAAACAGCACCGAAAUCCUUGUUCUAGUCCCCCACUUGUGUACCAAGAUUUGAAUACGCGUCAGGAUUGACCGGUCAAAAAAGCCAUUGUUGAUUUGCCAAUCAGAAUAAAGGAAGUUCAAAACGCACUUCCGGUAAUUCAUUAAGUCUGCUGGAAGGCCCAGACGCAGGUUAACUGGAGCUGAGCUGCGUUAAAACUGCCUUUUCCCGUCGUCGUCUUAAUUCCCAGGUCUAGCUCAGCUGGCCAUAUUAUGUCUCGUCCACUCCGGAUUCAGGAAUGCGAGACAUUUUUGCUUGUGGUUUCAGGAAAACUGUGCUUUGGCAUACGAAACAGAGCUCAAAAGAUCCGGAAUUCUGCUAUAAUUGUUAUCCGGAAUCCAAGUUCACUAACAGAUAACCUGUUGUCCAUUACAUUGAAUCUGGAAUCCACAUCUUGGAACCCAGAUUUCAUGAUUGUCUUGGAUUCCCUUACACGAGGUGACUGGUGA